UUCUUUGCCCCUGAAUCCAGAUCUCUGUCUUUUUUGGUUUUAAGUCUUUGCCUUAUGAUAGUCCUAUGUCUUUCAGGAACUUCUGUUUUUCACACAUGUAGCUAUUUUGUAUAUUUGAAGAUAUUAUAUUAUUCUGAUCAGGAUAUUUGCUGGAUACAAUAAAGCUAUCAGAAUUUUUGAGGUUCAUCGCCCAGGGAGAGAUUUUGAACAACACUCGACUGUUUUAGGAAACAAAGAAGGCCAAUCAGGUAUUAUAUCUUCUAUUGCUUUUUCCCCCACUUCUUCUGGUAUGCUGGCUGUGGGCUCCUACAACCAGACUACUGCUAUAUACAGAUAAGACAAUAUGGAACUGCUGUAUGUGUUGCAUGGCCAAGAAGGUGGGGUUACACAAGUUCAGUUUUCUAAGGAUGGAAACUAUUUGUACUCUGGGGGACGGAAGGAUCCUUAUAUUCUAUGCUGGGAUAUUCGCAAAACUGUUGAUAUUGUCUACAAACUAUAUCGAUCAUCUGAAAGCACCAAUCAGAGAAUACAAUUUGCUAUUGAACCUCUUGGUCGAUAUCUUGGAACUGGUGGUCAGGAUGGUCUGGUGCAUAUCUAUGAUCUUCAGACCGGGGAGUGGGUAUCAAGCUUUCAAGCGGCACUAGGUUCACUCAUCCUCCUCUUUAUACCUGUCUGCUUAAUUAGAAAGAUUAUAUUCCUCAGGUUCUUGGUCGGUGAAGGGGCCCAUAUGUGGGCGAAGUCCAAGGGUAUUGCGACUGAUGGCACUAUAGAGGAUGCGGAUGAGUGGUUGGUGAAUUUUGAGCGUGCGCAGGCUGAGAUUGCUAAGAUACGAGAAUUGGAUGAUGACGAGGAUGAGAACACUGAUACUUCUGCUGAGAAUUUUGGAGAUUGA